GUUCCGCGUCGUCGCGCAGAGCUCGCUGCUUGCAGGACUCUCCGGGAGGCGUUUGGGCCCAGAGAAGUGGCAUCAACCCCGCCGUGGUGGUGGCCGCAUGGAGUCCGAAUCGGAAAGCGGGGCCGCCGCUGACACCCCUCCGCUGGAGACUCUGAGUUUUCAUGGCGAUGAGGAGAUCAUCGAGGUGGUAGAGCUGGAUCCCGGUCCGCCGGACCCGGCAGAUGAUCUGGCCCAGGAGAUGGAAGAUGUGGACUUCGAGGAAGAGGAAGAGGAAGAGGAGGAAGAGGGCAACGAAGAGGGCUGGGUGCUGGAACCCCAAGAAGGGGUGGUGGGCAGCAUGGAAGGCCCCGAUGAUAGCGAGGUCACUUUUGCACUGCACUCAGCAUCUGUGUUUUGUGUGAGCCUGGACCCCAAGACCAACACAUUGGCUGUGACGGGUGGUGAAGACGACAAAGCCUUUGUGUGGAGACUCAGUGAUGGGGAGCUGCUGUUCGAGUGUGCAGGCCAUAAAGACUCUGUGACUUGUGCUGGUUUCAGCCAUGAUUCUACCUUAGUGGCCACAGGUGACAUGAGUGGCCUCUUGAAAGUGUGGCAGGUGGAUACCAAGGAAGAGGUGUGGUCUUUUGAAGCUGGAGACCUGGAGUGGAUGGAGUGGCAUCCCCGGGCACCUGUGCUACUGGCGGGCACAGCCGAUGGCAACACCUGGAUGUGGAAGGUCCCAAAUGGUGACUGCAAGACCUUCCAGGGUCCCAACUGCCCAGCCACUUGUGGCCGUGUCCUCCCGGAUGGGAAGCGAGCUGUGGUGGGCUAUGAAGAUGGCACCAUCAGGAUCUGGGACCUGAAGCAGGGAAGCCCCAUCCACGUUCUGAAAGGGACUGAAGGUCAUCAGGGCCCGCUGACCUGCGUGGCUACCAACCAGGAUGGCAGCUUGAUUCUGACCGGCUCUGUAGACUGCCAGGCCAAGUUGGUCAGUGCCACCACUGGCAAGGUCGUGGGCGUCUUCAGACCCGAGACUGUGGCCCCCCAGCCCAACCUGGGGGAGGGUGAGGAGAGCGAGUCCAACUCGGUGGAAUCCUUGGGCUUCUGCAGUGUGAUGCCUCUGGCUGCUGUCGGCUACCUGGAUGGAACCUUGGCCAUCUAUGACCUGUCGACGCAGACACUUAGGCACCAGUGUCAGCAUCAGUCUGGCAUUGUGCAACUGCUGUGGGAGGCAGGCACGGCUGUGGUGUACACUUGCAGCCUGGAUGGCGUGGUGCGCCUCUGGGACACGCGCACGGGCCGCUUGCUCACCGACUACCGGGGCCACACGGCCGAGAUUCUGGACUUCGCCCUCAGCAAAGACGCCUCGCUGGUGGUGACCACAUCGGGAGACCACAGAGCCAAAGUCUUCUGUGUCCAGAGACCCGACCGCUAAAGGCUGCCCCCUGGGCCCAGUGCCCCAGGUGGGGGACACCCCGCUGCGCUCGCUGGAGGGAAGAGGAGGGCGAGGCUUGGACUACUCUUGCCCCCUUCAGAUGCCUGGCCCUUCCUGCCCCUCCCAUAACCUAGAGGCCCUGCCUGGGCCUGCCCCCCUCUCUUCCUCAACCCUGAUCAGGCCCAGCGUGGCCUUCUGAGGGAGGCCCAGUCCUCUUUCUCUUUCGCUUUCCUUUGCUGGUGUGAGCCAUGGGGGGGG